ACACGACUUUCUUCUUAAAGAGUGGCGUGUAUGUGUGUGAGUGAGAGUGAGCGAGAACAAGCGAAGACGGAGUAUUGAAAACAAUCCAGAAACUACUUGUUGACAAAAGCAGGCGGCGGUACCAGCAACAGCAACAGCGACUGAACUAAACAUUCGCUACCAAAGCAUCGCUCUUUGCAUAUACUAAUUAUACACACCACGCACGCAUCUAGAACUCUACACGUCAGCACUCCGCGACCUAUAACCCAAUAAACAAAAUGCGUCAAUUGAAGGGAAAGGUUAAGGAAACGCGCAAACAAAAAAAGGAGCGCAAAUUGGAAAACGCGGAAAUUCAGGCGAAAAUGGGCACAAUUGUUUUGCCGGCGCUGGGCGUCAUUGCCAUAAUAAUUGUGGCAUUCGUUUACCUGAAGACGAGACCUGCAAUUUUGGAGUAAAUUACCCUACUUCGAUUUAGUUUAAGCUAGUUUAGAUACAACGAAAAUUUUACUUUGUUUAUGUGUGCAAGAAUGUAAAAUGUGCUAUUUGUUUAAAAUGUUGU